AUGCCCCUGCGACUACUUCACACGAGGACACUGAAGUUCCAAGAGUUCCACAAUCCCCACUCCGUCGAUUACGCUAUACUCUCUCAUGUCUGGGACAAGGGCGGCGAGCAAUCGUACCAGGAGGUCCUGGACGCCAUUCGUCAGGAGCACACGUCGUCAGGCAGCAGCACCGACUCUAGGAUCUGCGAGAAGAUCAGGCGCUUCUGUGAGCGUGCCGCCGAGGACGGGUACGAGUGGGCAUGGAUCGACUCCUGCUGCAUCGACCAGUCGAGCAGCUCCGAGGUCUCCGAGUCCAUCAACUCGAUGUACAACUUGUACCGCCAUGCUUCCCAGUGCUAUGUCUUCCUCCGCGACGUUGACGACGAUGACGACCCUCGUCAGAGGGCGUCUCAGUUCCGCCGCUCUGAGUGGUUCAGGCGCGGGUGGACGCUUCAGGAGCUCAUAGCACCCGCCGUUCUUGUGUUUCUCAGCAAAACUUGGACGCCGGUCGGCACGAAGGAUAGCCUUGCUAGGGUGGUACAGCAGAUCACCAAGAUCGACGCUGGUGUUCUGAAAGGCUAUGUUCCCCUUGCGACGAUUCCUGUCGGCGUCCGCAUGUCGUGGGCUGCGAAUCGAGACACGACUCGCGAGGAGGACAAAGCGUACUCUCUCUUAGGUAUCUUCGGUAUCCACAUGACACCAAUAUAUGGCGAGGGCCACCGGGCCUUCGUCAGGUUGCAGCGCGCAAUCCUCGAGCACAUCCCCGAUGACACACUAUUGGGCUGGGGACGUACGCUCUACCUCAAUACCCCUGCCGACUUCGGACUUCUCAGCUCAGAUCACACAUCUGCGAAUCACGAACUGGGGUUCUAUGCUCCUAGUCCACAACUAUUCAAGUCCACAAGCGACUUAAAGCCUAUACCUCAGUCGGCGCUUAUCAUGCUCCUGGGUCUUUCUUCAGAAAGCCCGUACCCUACGAUUUACGCGAACACUCGUCACGGGGUGUCGGCACACCUUCCAUUGCUCUAUGUCCGCCAUGAGGACCACCCCAUAGACAUCACACUGGGUUUCCUUCCGUGUCUUGACUCCAGGAACCGUCUCCUCGCUGUAAUCCUGCGACGCAGUGCCAGUGACCCGAACCAACUGGUCGUGGGUUCGUACACCUCUCAGAAUCCCGGGGUAGAGCGCUACUUCCGCACAGUUCGGAUCGACUACGCGGCGCUGAAGUUCUGGAUGAUGUACACCAACUCCUCUCCUCGCGUUGAAUCGUUGUACAUUCUGCCCCACGACCCUCUCUAUAGGUCGGAUCCUCGUUCAGACAUUGGAAGACACCCUGCCCCGCAUCGCGGGAAGUGCGGCAUCAUCGUACCGAGCUGGCGCAAAGCGUCCUUAGCCAAGCAGGGCAUCGUCGUCCAGCAAACCGCCAUCGACGACUCGUCGCUGCAUCCGGAAUGGUGUUCGCGGCGGCAUAUCAUCGUCCUGUCUCGAGCAGGCAUGGGUGCAGUGAGGAUCAUACUCGGAUUCUGCGAGCACUGCAAGCCAUCCGAGAUCGCAGAGCCACACGACUUCAAGGUGUGGCCAGGUUUCCGCUUACAGCUGCAGAGCUGCCCGGACCCGUAUGAUCCAGCCUCACUUGAGCAUGAUGCCACGAUAGGUUCCUGUCGCUUUAGUCCGCACCCUUCAGGGAAGACGGACGACGGGACACAUGUUCACCUCUGGCCUUCCGGGCACAGCGGCGAACAAGGCCUUGUGCUCACAGUGGACGUCGAUUUCAGAGAGAAUGGAUUCCCGACGACUCCUACGAAUAGCUUCGUCGACAGUAUCGACGAACCCGCGCAGAAGCGGGAGCGCGACGGGGCCGAUCGCUGGUCCAUGUUGUCCUCAUCGAGCGUAGGCCUUCGCAAGCUUGGUGCCGAGCAUGACCCAUGGCUCGAGAACGACAUUGAGGAUGAUUCGUGGAAUGAAAGGGAGGCUAUAUGGCGAUGCAGCGUGUCCAGCCUACCGAUUGCUACCAACCGCCGGCAGGAGGAGGCUAUCAGGGCCACCGCUGAUCAAUGGUACCAGCAGGAGUGGUACCGCUGGGGGAGGUCGUAGGCCCUUG